CAACCAUCGCAGCUCCCUUCACCGCAUAAUGGCUGAGAAAAUCGCCCACCAGCAGCAGCCAUCGCCAGUGCGGUCUGGCAUGAGACACAACGAGGAUAUCCGGUGCAUCGUGUCCACGAUUCUCUUUUUCCUCGUCUUUGUGAUUACUUGGCACAAUUUCUCAUCGCCAUUGGCGGGAGGCUGGGUUUCGCUUACACUAUGGUUGGCGCUCUUCCAGCUGUCCUUUAUGGGCGCCGUGACAACGCAUAAUGCGAUUCAUUUGCCCGUCUUCUGGGACAGGAACUGGAACAACUUUUACCAGAUUUGCCUGUCCCUUCAGUACGGCGGCGCUGUUUCGAUCUUUAUACCAGGCCAUAAUUUGUCUCACCACAAAUAUCCCCAGCAAGCAAGAGAUGUCAUGCGCACGACUAAAGUCCGAUAUAGCUGGAACCUCUUGAACGGUCUACUGUUUUUCUGGCAUGUUGUUCUGUCGGGGAACAAGGAUGACAAGCUGUACUUUGAGGCCCAGGCCCGUCUCAACCGACCUAUUGUGAAGCAGCGCCGCCGCGAGGAGAUUGCUGUCUGGGGUACUACCGCAGUGCUCAUCCUAAUAGACUGGCGUCGAUGGAUCUGGUUUGCGCUUUUGCCACAGUUCUAUGCAAAGUACUGCAUCCUUUCAUUGAACUUCCUCCAACACGACGGCUGCGAUAUGAGCUCCAAGUAUAAUUUUGCGCGCAAUUUCACUGGCAAAACGCUCAAUUACUUGUGCUUCAACAAUGGCUAUCAUACCGUGCACCAUUUAUACCCUGGACUGCAUUGGUCUGUCCUGCCGCAGAAGCAUCAGGAGCUCAUUGCGCCUCACAUCGCCGAGAGCCUUGAAAGCUCCAACAUAUUGCUUUAUAUGUGGAAGAGCUUUAUUUAUCCUGGUAUUCGUCUUGACUAUACUGGCCGUCUGCUUAUAAUUACGAAGGAGGAAAACGAGAUGCCGGAUGAACCAUGGUUUUACCAGGAGACAGAGACUUUCUCAAACACAAAGGAGUACCUUUCUCAGGGUAUGAAAUGAUAGAAAAGAAACUUUCUGGGCUAGACUUAUAAAUAUAAUGCUUGGAGCCUAAAUAUAUUAUAGACAUAGAUACCAAAACUACCUCAUACUAAGAACAAUCCUACAGAGAUAGCGUAUGCUUUUGAUAUAAUAAACAAUAAGCCAAUUAGUUAGUCG